AUGAUAAAGCAAAAUAUAACACCUGUAGUCACAAUUUACCACUGGGAUUUACCUCACAAAUUACAGGAGCUAGGAGGAUGGACGAAUCCUCUGAUCGUUAACUGGUUUGUCGAUUACGCCAAAGUCCUCUUCACCGCAUUCGGAGAUCGGGUUAAAUAUUGGAUAACAAUAGCCGAGCCGUCGGUGAUGUGUUAUUUUGGCUACAACGGAGACUUUGCACCUGGAUUCAAUCAAUCUGGCAUUGGGGAUUAUCUAUGU